AUGUCCUCAGAUAUGGCCAGCCCUCCCAUACACUUUGAUUCCGACCCCUCCCUCAUGGCUGGCAACCCCGCCCAAGGAAACAGCUACGGUGGAUACCAGAACCUCUACGGCAACAUGAACUUCAACCACUCCAGCUCCUACCCCGUCGCCAGUCCCUCAACCCCACCUUCAUUACCACCAGUCCACAACAACGGCGCUUACGCACCCAACGGCAACUUCCAGUUCUCCUACCAUACAGACAACGGAUCGGCGCCUCCUACAAGCACCGGUGCCCCCGCUUCUGCUGCCUCAUCGGCUCCUUUGAGCACACCUACCGGAACCCAGCCAUCAGAUGCCCAGCACUCGCCUCACGCCCAGCAAUCCCAUCAACUGACGCCUCCCCAGCAGCACCCCCAGACGCCGCAGCAACAGCAGCCACAACAGCAGCAACAACAGCAGCCUCAGCGCCAAGCCCACCAGGCCGUCAACGCUGCCCAGUCUCCCUACCAGCAAUCCCCUCAGGCGCACCACCCCAACAUGAACACCUUGAUGCAUGGACACCCGAUAUACCCUGGAGAGCCCCGCUACGAUUCCCGCCUUCAGCAGACCCGCUACAUGGACCCUAAUAUGCAGCCAAUGAUGGGCCGCAACGGACCUCACUCGGGCGACAUGUCCUGGAACCAGCCCGGCGGAAUGAUGCCAGAUCUCUUGGGCGGCAACCACCCCGGUGGUGCUGUUCGCAACGCGUCUGGACCACAAGGGCGUGCACCAGUAAAGCAGAACAUGGCAGGAUUGAACGGCAUGGCAGGCAUGGGCAUGAACAACAUGAACGGUAUGGGAGGCAUGGGUGCUCUCGGCGGUAUGCCCGGUAUGCCCAACAUGAACGCCAGAGGAGGCGAUCGCAUGGGAGGAUGGACAGGCGGUAUGGUGGGUGCACCCCAAAACCCCUAUGGCCAUCCCUCCCAUCCCCAGCACGCACUACAGCACCAGCAGCCCUUCCAUAACCUUCAACAGAACCCUUAUCAGCAAUCACACCUUCUCCAACAUCAGCCCGGCGGCAUGCAGCAACACGUGGGCAUGCAUGGUCGUCCUGGGAACUUGGGACCAGUGGCUGGCGGUGGAAUCUCCAAGAAGAAGAUGAAGAAGGUGGUCACUCCAGUGGUCAAGGACAAGAACUGCCCCAAGCGGCCAAGGAAUUCGUACAUCUUUUUCACUCUCAUGAAGAGGGACGACAUCAAGAAGAAGCACCCCGAGUUCAAGCCUACAGAAAUCACCAAGAUGCUGGGAGAGGAGUGGCAAAAGUUGUCGGAGGCCGAGAAAGAGUCAUAUGGAUCGAUGGCAGAGGACGACAAGAAGAGAUAUCAGUCCGAGAUGGAGGCCUACGACGCCAACGGAGGAGCGAACGCAGCAGCUGCCAACGACAAUGGGCACGCACCCAAUGGCGCCAUCGGCAAUGGACCCCCAGGACCUGGCGGUGACAUGGGUGGCGAUCACUGGCGUGCUUAA